AUGUCAUCCAACCAGGACGCCUCUGCCGGACCUGAGAGGCCGCGCCCCCCGCCAAACCGCCGAAGAGACAAACCCACAGUGGUAUGCGAAACUUGUCGCAAACGCAAUGGCCCUCUCUCUGCCGGGAUUUCCCAGCAUGCUUCCAGUGCUCGACCACGGGCAAAUCUGCAAGCUCGAUUGGCCCAGCUCGAGAGCUUGGUUGUGACGAUGAUGGAGGACCCUGGGCCGUCACGCGAAACUCCUGUGACGACGGCGCUCACUGGAAAUAGCGCAACGGGUUAUGUCCCAGCAGGCAAUAGCACGCCAACCGAAGCCCGCGAUGAAUCAUCAAAGACGUCUGAGAGUGGCAGUAUCCGGCUGAACGCAUCCGAGGCUCGGUAUGUUGGGAGCAGUCACUGGGCCUCGAUUCUGGACGGGAUCGCCGAGUUGAAGGACCACUUGGAGGCGGAGGAGGAGAUCCAGACCAACAGUGCGACUCCCGGCUCAAUCCCCGCCCCAGAAGACGACAUGGAGAUGCCGCUGCUGUACAGCGUACGCUCUGCCUCGAGGGCACAGAUCCUGGACUCGAUUCCUCCGAAGCAAGUUCUGGACCGCUACAUAUCGCACUAUUUCAACUCUCUGGACUUGGCAUCAGGUUUGUGA